UCAACUACAUUUGAGCUACUAAAUUGAUUUUGAAGAUAGUUACAAUUGAUGUUUUACUUGCAAAGAUCAUAAUUGUAUUACAUACUGUAAAUGUUUUUCCGAGAAGCUUGUUCAGAUUCUGUUCCUCUGGUUGUGUUUGAAGGGCCUCCGGGUCCAAGGGGCCUUCCUGGCCCUGCCGGUCCCCCUGGUCUACCUGGCCCCCCAGCGACCUUAAAGGACCCAGAACCCUCUGGAAAUAGGACCAUGAGAGCACAGUUGUUAGAGAACACCUGUUUCCAUCAAGACAACAUGUCUGACUCUCUGGAGUCAGCGAAUCUAGCUGCAAGUAAUGACACGUUGAAUGUAACUGACACCGGGAACGAGGAAUUAAAUAACCGACAAAUGGCACACACAAAGAUUGUGGAAGAAGGACCUUUGAACGCAACUCACACCGAGAUCGUGGAAGAAGGACCUAUGAACGCAACCGAGAUUGUGGAAGAAGGACCGUUGAACGCAACCGAGAUUGUGGAAGAAGGACCGUUGAACGUAACUCACACCAAGAUUGUGGAAGAAGGACCGUUGAACGCAACUCACACCAAGAUUGUGGAAGAAGGACCGUUGAACGCAACCGAGAUUGUGGAAGAAGGACCUUUGAACGUAACUCACACCGAGAUUGUGGAAGAAGGACCUUUGUACGUAACUCACACCAAGAUUGUGGAAGAAGGACCGUUGAACGCAACCGAGAUUGUGGAAGAAGGACCUUUGUACGUAACUCACACCAAGAUUGUGGAAGAAGGACCGUUGAACGCAACCGAGAUUGUGGAAGAAGGACCUUUGAACGUAACUCACACCGAGAUUGUGGAAGAAGGACCUUUGUACGUAACUCACACUGAGAUUGUGGAAGAAGGACCUUUGAACGUAACUCACACUGAGAUUGUGGAAGAAGGACCUUUGAACGUAACUCACACUGAGAUUGUGGAAGAAGGACCUUUGAACGUAACUCACACCGAGAUUGUGGAAGAAGGACCUUUGAACGUAACUCACACCAAGAUUGUGGAAGAAGGACCGUUGAACACAACCGAGAUUGUGGAAGAAGGACCUUUGAACGUAACUCACACCAAGAUUGUGGAAGAAGGACCGUUGAACGCAACCGAGAUUGUGGAAGAAGGACCUUUGAACGUAACUCACACCAAGAUUGUGGAAGAAGGACCGUUGAACGCAAACGAGAUUGUGGAAGAAGGACCUUUGAACGUAACUCACACCAAGAUUGUGGAAGAAGGACCUUUGAACGUAACUCACACUGAGAUUGUGGAAGAAGGACCUUUGAACGCAACUCACACCAAGAUUGUGGAAGAAGUACCGUUGAACGUAACUCACACCGAGAUUGUGGAAGAAGGACCUUUGAACGCAACUGAGAUUGUGGAAGAAGGACCUUUGAACGCAACCGAGAUUGUGGAAGAAGGACCUUUGAACGUAACUCACACCGAGAUUGUGGAAGAAGGACCUAUGAACGCAACUCACACCGAGAUUGUGGAAGAAGGACCUUUGAACAUAACCCAGACCGAGAUCGUGGAAGAAGGACCUUUGAACGCAACCGAGAUUGUGGAAGAAGGACCGUUGAACGCAACCGAGACCGAGAUUGUGGAAGAAGGACCUUUGAACGCAACUCACACCGAGAUUGUGGAAGAAGCAGCAUUUAGGAAAACUGAAUACAUUAUCAAAACCAUAACGUGCUUUCCAAACGUCACUAAAAUGGAAACUACAUUUGGAGUUUGGAUGCAAGAUGCAGCCCGGGUGAACGAUAACCACAUUUGGAUGGCUGAACACUUUUCAGGUCGAGUCUUGCAGGAGUACAAGAGCAUUGCAUCAUUUCCUAACAGCAGGUCUAUUGACAUGAGGAAGUUCUACCAGGGUUGUGGCCACAUCAUCUACAAUGGGUCUGUUUACUAUCACAAUGCAGGAACCUCGAAAGUUGUCAAGGAUAACCUGAAGACCAGGAGAUUACAGACACUGGCCAUUGAGAAUGCUCUUUACCACAAUCGAACCUAUCUCUUCCACAACUCCAAGACGUACUUUAAGUUUGCUGUGGACGAGAACGGACUGUGGCUCAUAUAUGCUUCAGCUAUCAGUGGAACCGUGAUGGUGGCCAAGUUAAACCAUAAGAGGUUCUCUGUGUUGUCUGUGGUUACCACGUCUUAUCCUGUACCGAACGCUGGGAAUGCCUUUGUUGCAUGUGGAGUUCUGUAUAUGACGGACAGCAAAGACACAAAAGUCACGCAUGCCUUUGACUUAAUGAAAGAGAAACCUUUAAAUGUAAGUUUGGAUCUCAGAUCAGCCAAUGGUAUUAUGGCCAUGUUGUCAUAUUAUCCCAAAAAUCAACUUUUGUACAUGUGGGACAACAGCUAUGUGAAAAUAUGCAAGACUUAUUUUACUUUGGAUCAAAAAAGUUUAGUCAAUUGUUAUGGUCGUAAAUAAAUCUUACGAUCGUAAAUAAAUCUUACGAUCGUAAAUAAAUCUUAUGAUCGUGGGAGACAUUCUGCCUAGGAGAAUACAGUCAGUCACAAGCAGUGACACCUUGCAUGUAACCAAUGCAGAGAAGGUUCUAUUAACAAUCAGAGCCAACACCCAUUAAGCUAACACCCAUCAAGCCAACACCCAUCGAGCCAACACCCAUCGAGCCAACACCCAUCAAGCCAACACCCAUCGAGCCAACACCCAUCGAGCCAACACCCAUCAAGCCAACAUGUCCUGGCAGAGUGUUCUAAUUUUUUAAAGAAUUUGAGUGUCAAAAUAUAAUUUUUGUAUAAUAUUUGGCAUCGAUAUUUUUUUUCUUCUUCUCAUUCAUUUUGUACAAUUACCAAUAAAAAACAUGUUUUCUUUUCAUA